CUCAGAUGAUGGGAGGUAAUUGGGUAAUUGUAUUUUACUGAUCGCAAGCAGGGAAAGGGAAAGGGGGAAGAAAGAGGGGCAGAGGAGGGAAGGGGGACCGCAGUCUGAGAGGAGAUUUGGGGAGCUGGGACCCAAACCGUUGGGACGUGGCAUUGGCCGAGAGAAAGGAGCUGCCGCCGGCACUGGGAGCGCAUUCAUCAUUUGGGGCGGGGGAAGUGGGGGAGAGAGGAGCGGGCUGGGGAGGAAGAGAGUUCCAGCCGAAGUGGAUGGAAGGGGACCGGGGUUUCUGCCGCGCUGGGAGCCGCGAGCCGGGGCGAUGGCGCUAAGGACGGCGCGGAGCAGCUGCGCUCCGGGGAACGCGUCUCCUCGAGGAGGACUAGCCGGCGUCGGGAAGGUCUGCGCGAAGAGGAACCAACUUGUGGCUCCAAAAUGUACCCCACGCAGCUGGAAAUGAGAUCAAAGCUGCAGUUUCACUCGAGAAGGAUGAGAGGAGUCAGCGACUAGGGUUUUUUUUUUUUUUUAACCUCCUUCGUUCCAUUUUCUAUUUUCUAUCUUCUUUCCUUAUUAUUAUUAUUUUCAUUUGCCUAACAUCCCGUCGAGCCCCUGAUUUCGCCCUCCCCAUUUGAAAUAAAAGCCCAGUUUGAACUUCCUUCGUCGCGGCGCCCCCGGAUCCGCCGCCCGCUGAUGGAGGAGAAGGGGACCCGGGGGCUGGCAGGGGCCACCGGCGAAGGACCGCGUCACGCGUCUCCCCCGUGAUCCCGGCCCGGAUCGCGGAGUUCUGCAACACCUGGAGGAGCUGAACCGGGUGCCGGGGUGGGGGCGGGGACAGAGCAAGCGAAAGCCACCCCGAGCCUUAAAAAAAAAAAAGUAGGGGGGGAAGGAAUGGGUUUCUUCUUGACAGCUGACGGAGCCUUGAAAUUUUCCUCCACUGCCUCCGCCCCCGCCCCCGCCCCCCGCACUCCAUUUAACGUGAGAUUAUGAAAUUGCAGAGGCGGUGGAGAGAAGAAGGAGACAGGAUAUAACAGAGAGUUUGGAGGGAGAGGGGAAGGUGGCUGGCCGGGUGGCUGAAAUCAAAAAUCCAAUUGCGCACCGGGUUGUGAUGAGAAAUCUAAUCAGAUCUUUGGAGACGGGGCCGGCCGGAAGGGUGGCGAGUGGGGGGAGUUGAUCCCCAAAUUCUUCGAGGGGCGGGGGUGCUGGGAAGAGGCAUCGGCGAUGUAAAAGGAGACUUUUUUGGUGGCGGUGGCGGUUGGGUGCGUUGCAAAAAUGAAGGAUGCGGGACGCAGCUCUCUCUUGGAACCGAACGCAGUGGAUAAACUGAUUGUGCAAGAGAGAAGGAAGAACGAAGCUGAUUCUUGUGAGACCUGGAUCUUAGCACAAAUGUGUAUGUGUGCACACAGGGAGCGUUGAGAAAUGAAAUAAACCAGUGCCAGACCCGCGGGGGUCGGUGUGUUCUGACAUAAAUAAAUAAUAAUAAAACAUCUGCCCCCUCCCCCUUGCCCAAAAGGAUGAUUGGAAAUGGAGAACCGAGGAUCCACAAAGGAAAAGUCUGUUCAUUUUUUUCUAUAAAGGAGAAAGUCAGCCAAGGAGAUAUUUUUGGAAUGAAAAGUUUGGGGCUUUUUUAAGGAAAGUAAAGACCUGAUACGGUGGUGUUUUCUUUUCUUUUUGAAUUUCCCACAAGAGGAGAGGGAAUUAAUAAUACAUCUGCAAAGAAAUUUCGGCAAAGAAAAGUUGACCGCGGCAGAAUGAGGCAUUGAUUGGGGGAGAGAAACCAGCAGAGCACAGUUGGAUUUGUGCCGAUGUUGACUAAAAUUGACGGAUAAUUGCAGUUGGAUUUUUCUUCAUCAACCUCCUUUCCCCUCCUUUUUUUUUUUUUUUUUUUUUCUUUUUGGUGUCAAGAUGAUGCAUUUUCGCUUGUUCUGAACCACCUGGAUUUCCAUCUGGAUGUUGCUGUGAUCAGUCUGAAAUACAGUCACGAAACUGAUGCUGAGAGAGAGGGGCCUUACCCAGUUACUGAGCUAGUCCGUGACGGACCGCCGUGGAGCUUACGACUAUUUGAACUCCAGAAGGACCAACACCAGAUAAAUUAUGAAUGUUGAACAAGAUGACCUUACAUCCACAGCAGAUAAUGAUAGGUCCUAGGUUUAACAGGGCCUUAUUUGACCCCCUGCUUGUGGUGCUGCUGGCUCUUCAACUUCUUGUGGUGGCCGGUCUGGUGCGGGCUCAAACCUGCCCUUCAGUCUGCUCCUGCAGCAACCAGUUCAGCAAAGUGAUUUGCGUCCGGAAAAACCUACGUGAGGUUCCAGAUGGCAUCUCCACCAACACUCGGCUGCUGAACCUCCAUGAGAACCAAAUCCAGAUCAUCAAAGUGAACAGCUUCAAACACUUGAGGCACCUGGAAAUCCUACAGUUGAGUAGGAAUCACAUUAGAACAAUUGAAAUUGGGGCCUUCAAUGGUCUGGCAAACCUCAACACGCUGGAACUCUUUGACAAUCGUCUUACCACCAUCCCGAAUGGAGCUUUUGUUUAUCUGUCUAAACUGAAGGAGCUCUGGCUGCGAAACAACCCCAUUGAAAGCAUCCCUUCUUAUGCUUUUAACAGAAUCCCUUCUUUGCGCCGACUAGACUUAGGGGAACUGAAAAGGCUUUCGUACAUCUCAGAAGGUGCCUUUGAAGGUCUGUCCAACUUGCGGUAUUUGAACCUUGCCAUGUGCAACCUCCGAGAAAUCCCUAACCUCACACCACUCAUAAAACUAGAUGAGUUGGAUCUUUCUGGGAAUCAUCUGUCUGCCAUCAGGCCUGGCUCUUUCCAGGGGUUGAUGCACCUUCAAAAACUGUGGAUGAUCCAGUCCCAGAUUCAAGUGAUUGAACGGAAUGCCUUUGAUAACCUUCAGUCACUGGUGGAGAUCAACCUGGCACACAACAAUCUAACAUUACUGCCUCAUGACCUCUUCACACCCUUGCAUCAUCUAGAGCGGAUACACUUACAUCACAACCCCUGGAACUGUAACUGUGACAUCCUGUGGCUCAGCUGGUGGAUAAAAGACAUGGCCCCCUCCAACACCGCUUGUUGUGCCCGGUGUAACACUCCUCCCAGUCUGAAAGGGAGGUACAUUGGCGAGCUUGACCAGAAUUAUUUCACAUGCUACGCUCCUGUGAUUGUGGAGCCACCAGCGGACCUCAAUGUCACUGAAGGCAUGGCAGCUGAGCUGAAAUGUCGGGCCUCCACGUCCCUGACCUCCGUAUCUUGGAUUACUCCAAAUGGAACAGUCAUGACGCACGGGGCGUACAAAGUGCGGAUAGCCGUGCUCAGUGAUGGCACGUUAAACUUCACGAACGUAACCGUGCAAGAUACAGGCAUGUAUACCUGUAUGGUGAGUAAUUCUGUUGGGAAUGCCACCGCUUCAGCCACCUUGAAUGUUACUGCAGCAACCACCACCCCCUUCUCUUACUUUUCAACCGUCACUGUAGAGACCAUGGAACCUUCUCAGGAUGAGGCGCGGACCACAGAUACUAACGUGGGUCCCACUCCAGUGAUCGACUGGGAGACCACCAACGUGACCACCUCUCUCACGCCACAGAGCACAAGGUCCACGGAGAAAACAUUCACCAUCCCCGUGACUGAUAUGAACAGCGGGAUCCCAGGAAUUGAUGAGGUCAUGAAGACUACCAAAAUCAUCAUUGGCUGUUUUGUGGCCAUCACACUCAUGGCUGCAGUGAUGCUGGUCAUUUUCUACAAGAUGAGGAAGCAGCACCACCGGCAGAACCAUCACGCCCCGACAAGGACUGUGGAAAUCAUCAAUGUGGAUGAUGAGAUUACAGGAGACACACCCAUGGAAAGCCACCUGCCCAUGCCUGCCAUUGAGCAUGAGCACCUCAAUCACUAUAACUCCUACAAAUCUCCCUUCAACCACACAACAACAGUUAACACAAUAAAUUCAAUACACAGUUCAGUGCAUGAACCGUUAUUGAUCCGAAUGAACUCUAAAGACAAUGUACAAGAGACUCAAAUCUAAAACAUUUACAGUUACAGGAAAAAAAAAUCAGAAAAAAAAGAGACAGUUUAUUAAAAAAAUGACACAAAUGACUGGGCUAAAUCUACUGUUUCAAAAAAAAGUGUCUUUACAAAAAAAAACAAAAAAAGAAAAGAAAUUUAUUUAUUAAAAAUUCUAUUGUGAUCUAAAGCAGACAAAAUGAUGUGUAUUCCUCAGAACCUGUUUUUGCUGCACUUACUUAUUGUUUUCCCACAUCUCAUCCCUGCCUUCCCCAACUGCCAUAUUUUUCAUAGGAGAUCUCAAUUCCCUAAAGAACUGGUCUAGGAAAUUUUGUAAGAAUUCUGUUACACUUUGAGAUUUUUAUGGUGAAUUCUAGUGGUGAGAUCCAGUCUAUUUGUCUGUCUUUCUUUUUUUUUUUUUUCUCUUUUCUUUUCUCCCUCUCAUGCCCUUACGAAGUAGUCCAAUGGGGAAUGCAAUAUUAGGAAUAGAUUUUUAAGAGAGAGCAAGGAAAAAAUGCAAGAUCUUAUAUUUUUCAUGUAAUGACCUGUUCUGUAUUUAUGAGGAGGACCACUGAAUGGAAAAGAAAAGGAAAAAAAAAAAAAAUAAGCAAACAACAGAUUAAUUUACAUAUGAGCAUCUAUAAAACCCAUGAUCUUUUCAACAAAUCUAGAACCAGAAUUUGUAGUUCAAAAGCUAAACGUAAGAUUAUAAAUAAAAUAUUGUUGGUUUUUCUGUACCUGGACACAGCUCAUUUGUAGUCUGGCUCAAAUGUGAGGAACUUGAAGGUAAUCAGAUUUCCUACUUUCUAAGAUGAUACUACAAUAUUCUUCAGUCACAACACCAGUCUCUACAGGGUCCUAUUCCAUUAGUUGACUUGACUUUUCAAUCUAUUGUCAAGGAUGCUCUAGUGUUCUUUUCCUUCUCAUUAGGGUCACCCUUUGUAGAAUGC